GCAAGUUACAGCAUUCAUACAAUAUUUAUAUUAUUUUUAAAAUAAACAUUCAUAUACUUACUUAGUAAGUAUAAAAGGUUCAUACAUUUAAAUAUGAUUGUAUGAAUAUCAUAUAAUUAAAAUUAAUGUAAUAUAACACUUAAUACAUUAUAAGAGGAUAUACAUAUACUGUUACUUAAAACUAAAUAUUGAAUUUAUAUAAUUAAAAAUGUCUUUUCAUUAACAUAUAGAACAUACAGCGAGUUGGUUACGUAUUGUAAUAUGAUUCAGUUGUCAUAAAAUACUGACAAUUUAAUAAAAAAAAAUAAGUAAAUAAUAAGUUUAUCAGCAUUAACCUGAUGCAAAGAUAAAAAAAUUUAGUUUGCAUUUUCACAUGCAUCAAUCCAAUCAUUAUAUACAUCUAAAGGUUCUGAAAGUAAAUUGAUUGUAGUUUGGAAGUCCUCCAGACAGACUCUGCAAGUAAUUCUAGCAGUGUUUUUUGACUUAUCCCUUUUAACCUCGCAUGAUUUUUCGUGAUUGCAAAAUGGACAAUUAAAUUGUGUAUCUAAUGGUUGAAUAGCUUUUUUUUUACUUGGUGGCUUUCGUUUACUUUUUCUUCGACCCAUUACGUUUAAAGUAUAUCAAAUAAUACUGAUAUAUACUAGUUUGUAUCAAGCUUUCCCAGUAUUUAGGUUGUAACUGUUGCGUACUGUUGUGUACAAUGAACAAACAUGGAGUACAACGCCAUGCGGUUUGAGGAAAGUUACUAUAUAUGUAUCUAUAUAUAAAAAACGUUAUGCAGCUUUGAAUAUGCAUUGAACAAAUUCGGAAAUUAUAAUCUUACUUUGCAAAAAGCAAUCAAGUUAUUAAAUUAUUACAGAAUUAUUAAAUUAUAUAAUUAUUAAAUUAUUACGGAUUAUUAAAAUUAAUAAUUUAAAUAUCAUAUAUAAAUGUCUAAAUGUAUAAAAAUCUAUAUUAUAAGAAACGUUUUUAUAUUGUGAAUUAAAUAAUAAUUACUGCCAUUGCUGUAAUGAGUACUUUCAGUGUGAAUUUAUCAAUACCUUUCCCAUCAGAAAGGGAAGCAGAAAUUGUUUAUCAGGUAUUAAGAGUUGAUAGAGAGCCCUCAAGAGGUAGUAUUGCUAAGAGUUUGACACUUAAUAAUAAUUUAUUACAAAUAUCAAUUUCUGGAACAGAGGCACGAAAAGUUAGAGUGGCAUUAACUUCAUUUUUUGAUAAUUUAAUUUUAGUAACAAAAACUAUGCAACUUUUUGACCCACCUGUACCUACUUAUAAUUAUUAUUAAGUAAAUAUUUAUUGUUAAAACUAUUUAUAUAAUAUCAUAUAAAAUGGAGCAUAUUCCAGCUCCAUAUGCACCAAGAUCUGUUUAUGGAUAUGCUUUAUAUAUUGGGUCAAAUAUGCUUUUUGUUCUAUUUCUGAUAUGGGCUGUAAUACCAGACCAAAUUUUAUAUACUUUAGGAUUAACAUAUUGGCCUUCUAAAUACUGGGCUAUAGCAAUUCCAAUUUGGGCUUUAACUGCCUUGGCCACAUUUGCAUUUAUUAUUUACCCAGCUAUAAAUUUAUCUAUGACUCCAGAUAUUAAUGAUAUUGCAACUAUUACAGAUAAACAUUCAUGUUCCAAAAAAGAAACUAUUCCAGGUGGUAUAUCCCCUGUUUACGAUAUUCCAAUAACGGAAGUUUGUAGAAAAUUGUAUUUAACAAAAAAAAGUAAUAAUAAAUAACAAAAAAUUUAUAUAUUUUGUUAAAAAUAUUAAAUAAAGUAUAACAAUCUAUGAAAUAAAUUUCAAUAUAAUGCAAAUAAUAUUAAUAACUUAAAAUGUAAUUUCUUAAAAAAAAUUAAUAUUUGAAGAAAUAUAUUUUAAUAAUUUCACAUAAUUUUUAUAAUAACACUUUCGAGAAAUUGUUCCAUUAUAUUAAGUCGACUAUAUAUUUCAUAUGUUGCGAAAUUUGAUUACGACAUCGUAUGGCCUAGAUCAUAUGAAAUAUGUAGUUGUUAGCUUCCACAUUUAUAUAUCGAAAAAANNNAAAUUAUUUUCAAUUAACAAAUAUUAAGCGCGAAAUUGAUUUAAGAAAAAAAUUAAAAGAUAUAUUAAAUACAAAUGCUAUAUCUUGUAGUUUCGAAAUCAUGCGUGUAAAAAAUAAUGAUUUUUAUCAAAGGUUUGUAUGUUAUGUAUUUAAUAAUACUUAAUAAAUUUAUAUUUUUAUGAAUAAAAAUUUUUGUUAUUAGAUUUUUUACAGAAGUGAAUAAAUAUCGUCCAUCUUUUUAUACACUGACAUGGCAUAUUAAAAACGAUAUGAAAGAUUAUUUAUCUUUAGAUGUAUUUAAUGUACUUCCAAAUAAUACACUCCUCCAUCUUAUAGCUAACGAUUUAACUCCCACUGAUGUAAAUAUUAUAUUAAAGAAAGCAUUAGAACGUGGUAUACGUAAUAUAUUUGUUUUAAGGGGUGAUUCAACAAAAUCAAAUGGUGAAUUUCCACAUGCAGUUGAUUUAGUACGUUUUAUAAGGAAUCAAUUUGAUGAUAUAUUUUGUAUAUGUGUUGCUGGUUAUCCAGAAAUGCACCCGGAAUCAUCAUCUAAAGAAAUGGAUUUAAUUUAUUUGAAAGAAAAAAUUGAUGCAGGUGCAAACUUUAUAAUAACACAAAUUGUUUUUGAAGCAAAUAUUUUUAUUAAAUUUGUGAAUGAUUGUAAGAAAAUUGGAAUUAAUGUUCCAAUUAUCCCAGGUAUUUUUCCAAUUUUGAAUUACACAUGUCUCCAAAAAAUGGCAAAAAUUUGUAAUAUUAAAGUACCUAAAAUUAUCUUAAAUACUCUGGAAUGUAUAAAAGAUAAUAAUGAAAAAGUACACAAUUAUGCAGUAGAAAUAGCUACAAAUAUUAUACAAGAAAUAAUUGCAAGUAAAACUACUUGUGGAUUUCAUUUUUUCACAUUAAAUAAACCUUCAUUAUCAUUGGAGAUAUGUGAUAAACUUGGUAUUUUCUGUUAAUUAUUUAAAUAUAGAAGAGGUUUCAAUAAACAAACAAUUAUAUUGCUAAGAUUUGUAGAUAUAAAUGAUCCUUUGAGGACAUCUGCUAUUGUACGCAUGCGCGAUAAAAAUAUUCGUGACGAACAAAGAGAGCAGUUAGUUGAGUUGGGCGCCAGGCUCCGCGUGGUCAGUUGGAUAGUCGGUGUGACGGUAACAAGAAAGAGGAAGGAUCCAUAAACCAGGAUAUAAAGAAAAAUGGCACUCUUCCGUUUCAGUUCAAAACGUUGUUUGGAAAUUCAGAAAAAAACUUCGAUCGUAUUCGCAAGAUCAUUGAGCGAUGCUUCUACUGACCUGAAAAAGGUUCUGGGCGAAAAAAUUCCAAAGGAACAGGAGCGUAUCAAGACGUUCCGUAAAGCAUGUGGAUCCACCAAAGUUGGAGAAGUUACUGUGGAUAUGAUGUACGGUGGUAUGCGUGGAAUUAAAGCACUUAUAUGGGAACCGUCAGUCUUGGAUCCUGAAGAAGGUAUUAGAUUCCGAGGAAAAUCGAUUCCAGAGUGCCAGAAACUUCUACCAAAAGCUAAGGGCGGCGAAGAACCACUUCCGGAAGGUUUAUUCUGGCUUUUGAUUACCGGCGACAUUCCCACUGACGCUCAAGUUAAAGCAAUUUCCCAGGAAUGGGCUAGCAGAAGCGCAUUACCUGAUCACGUGGUCAAAGCUCUAAACAGCUUGCCCAAAUCGAUUCAUCCCAUGACUCAAUUCUCUGCCGCCAUCACUCUUCUAAACAGCGAGAGUGAAUUCGUGAAAGCAUACACGGGAGGCAUACACAAGUCCAAAUAUUGGGAGCCCGCUUACGAAGAUACAAUGAACUUGAUCGCCAAAUUACCUGCAGUAGCUGCAACGAUAUAUCGAAACAUCUAUAAGGGUGGUAAAGGUGUAGGAAGCGUCGAUGCGGGCAAAGAUUGGUCUUGGAAUUUCGCGAACUUGCUCGGUUACGAUAACCCACAAUUCACCGAACUUUUACGUUUAUAUCUGACGAUUCACUCUGAUCACGAAGGUGGUAAUGUAUCUGCACACACCACUCACUUGGUGGGUUCGGCAUUGUCUGACCCAUAUCUGUCAUUCGCCGCUGGAUUGAACGGCUUGGCUGGUCCACUUCAUGGUCUUGCAAAUCAAGAAGUGUUAAUAUGGUUAGAAAAAUUGCGCGAAAAGGUUGGAGACAGUCCCAGUGAUGAACAAUUAAAGGAGUUCAUUUGGAACACGCUAAAAAGCGGUCAAGUCGUUCCUGGAUACGGCCAUGCCGUACUCAGAAAAACUGAUCCUAGGUAUACAUGCCAGAGAGAAUUUGCACUGAAACACUUACCGGAUGACAAACUAUUCAAGCUUGUUUCUCAAAUAUACAAAAUAGUUCCUCCCGUCCUUACGGAAACUGGCAAGGUAAAGAACCCAUGGCCAAAUGUAGAUGCCCAUUCGGGAGUUCUAUUGCAAUAUUAUGGAAUGAAGGAGAUGAAUUAUUACACUGUACUGUUCGGAGUAUCGCGUGCUCUUGGUGUUUUAGCUUCUCUCGUCUGGUCCCGAGCCCUAGGUCUUCCGAUAGAAAGGCCCAAAUCUUUAAGCACUGAUUUGCUUAAGAAACUCGUCGGUGCUAAAUAAACAUCUUUAUUUAUGAAAAAUCAGAAUCAUUAAAAUCUUUUAAUUUCAUAUCAUCAUUGCUUCAAAAUUUUAUCAUAGAAGAAAUGUUAUUAAUACACAGAAAACCGAGCUUCAUUUCGAAUUCAUUUCAAUAUGACUUCAAGGAAGUCGUUUUAAUUAUUGAAUCUUAUUAAAAAGAUGUGAGGUAUUAAAAUAAGUAAUUAUCUCAUGUAAUUAUGUAUUUUUUGAACGUAGAUGUAUUAAGUUUCGCAGUUUAUUAUAUUGCAAAAACUACAUAUUUUAACAGCAUUCUUGUAUUUUUUUCUGUUAAUAACACAGAUUUCGUACAAAUAAGAUGAAGUUUUUGCGACAUGAAAUAAGCUACGAAAAAUAUGAAUUUGUUCAUUAUACAUAGUUUACCUGCCAAGCCUUUUAAAAAACUGUAAUACACGCAUGAACAAUAGAUAAAAAUUUAUUGUAAAUAUAUUUGUCAUUUUAUGUUUAAUAGUGACUUAUAUAGCAACAAUUUCAAAAAUAAAAGUGAUACAGUUCAUUAUAAUACAAGUUAAUAAAUUAUUAAAACAUUUAUUGGAAAAACUACGUGUGCAUAGUGAAGAUUUUUCAAAUAUUGUAAAUUGAACAGACACUGCCAAAAAUAUAUCAGAUAAUUUUUAGCAAAUUACAAUAAUUAUUUUUAUCAUUAGAUGAAAAGAUUAUUGUGUGAUAAUUAAAAAACGUUCUACCAGCAAGAAUUUACAAAAUAGUAAUAGUUCUUAGCAAACUACGUAAAAUAGAAAAUAAAUAGGGUUAAAAUGUAUAAAAAAUUUUGCAGUGCUAGCGCACCAGUUGUUGGUUUUAGAUUCUUUAAAAACAUUAAAAAACGCUGUGCUCAAUUACAUCGAGCUAUUUCGAUUAAUAUAAAUUAAAAAAGUGAUGAUCAGUGAUAGAUCCACUGUUACAAGAAUGAAUGAGUGUGUGCGAUACUUUAUUUAUAACAAACGUGAAAAUAAAUAGAUCUUCAAAAAUUAUAUUUGACUUCUUUUUAAUUAAAAGACAAGAUAAUUAAAAAUAUAAAAUAUGUAAAUAUUUAUUGAUUAAAAGUGUUAAAAUAUGAAUUUGUUAAAAUCACAAAUAUAGUUAUACAUGUUGAACUGUUUACUUAUUAUACAUCUUUAAUUGUUAGACAUUUUAAUUGUUAUUAAAUAUCAAAGGGAUAAAUAACACAUAGUAAAAUAUAAUACGCUC